AACGUUCGUUGAUUCGCUAAUCGCUCAAUUUCGCCUUGUUCUUGAGGUGAGCUUCGCUUUCAUCGAAUCCAUGCUCUUUUAGAGUCUCUUUUAGGGUUUUGAAUUGCGAGGAGCCACUGAAGUCUGAAGAAGCUUGGGUUGUUGAUUGUAAGCUCUGAAGAAGUGAAAAAUAUGAGCAGCUGCUCCAGAGAGGGAUCUCCCGAUUGGCUUCGAUCUUUCCAGCCACCAACCACCACUUCAUUGUUAUCACUAUCUUCAUCGUCUGAAUCUGCUCCAGAUGAUAGUCCUUACAGGGAAUCUGAAACCAUUUCGUCUGAUGACACUGAAGCCACCACGGUUCUGGACUCUAAAACGAAGUUGGUGACAGAGCAAGUGAGUGUCCACCAGGUGUUUUCUAGAAAGAAGAAACCAGAUGCCACUCUCAGCCUUGAAGAGAAGCACAAGGGAAAAAAAGUUGACGGUGAAGAAGGCUCUACCAAGCAUAAGAACGAUCAAGGAGGAGAUGAUUCUGUAUGGCUUGUCUCAUCUGAUUCUGAACCACCCUCCAGUGAUCCGAUAAGACAGCAAGUAAUUAUCUCAACUGAAGAGGAUGAGGAUCUUGUUAUUCUAGAUAAAGAGGUAGAACCUGCGGUUAAGAAAAAAUCUCCGAAGAAAAAGCCAAAUAGUGGCCGCCAGAUACCCAAGAAAGAAGACAGUGCACAAGAAAUGAGUGAAGAUAAAGAUACAGAUUCCAUAGUAGCCGAGGAAGUGGCAACGGAUAAGAACACCAAGCCUUCUUCUGGAUCGAGUUCAAGAUUGCCUUUGGUACUUUCUGAGAAGGUGAAUCGUACAAAGGUACUUGUCGAAUGUGAAGGGGACUCAAUAGAUCUGAGCGGAGACAUGGGGGCUGUUGGACGCGUGGUUGUUUCAGACACAACCGAGGACGUGUUCUUCGACUUGAAAGGAACCAUAUAUAAAUCUACAAUUGUCCCAUCCAGAACAUUUUGCGUAGUUAAUGUAAGUCAGUCGGAGGCAAAGAUAGAAGCUAUUAUGAAUGACUUCAUACAGCUAACACCAGUAUCUAACGUCUAUGAAGCAGAAACGAUGGUGGAAGGCACUCUGGAGGGGUUUUCGUUCGAAUCUGAUGAUGAAGGUAGCAAGAACGCAAAGACUGCUUCAAAGCCUCCAGAUGAUCAAAGUGGAGACACAGCAGAGGUAACCAAAGGAAGUGACAAAGCGAAAGCAAAAAGCGAGAAUGUUGUAGGGAAAAAGAGAGGAAGACCAUCUAAAGAGAAGCAGCAGCAGCAGCAACCAGCAAAGAAAGCUAGAAGUUCUUCUGCUCCUAAGAAAACAAAACCCAAGAAAUGAGUUAUGAUUUCGAUUUAUAUGAAACAAAGUAGUUUUUUCAUAUAAACAGAAAAGAAGCAGAAGCAAGUUCGUUACUGUAGUUCA